GACCCUGUUAUGUAACUUUGUUUUUAAGCAAUUUCAUUGUUUUAUUAACCAGUAACAUGGCAACACAUUCACAAGUUAAUUAAUUCUGUUCUGUCCUUCGUGAACUUCAUGAUAUCAAGAGAUUUGUGUUAGGUUUAGAUUUAGGGUGGUUAGGAUUAGAGUUUAAUGAAUAUCACUUCUGCACAAAAUCUCUGCGUGUAUAAGUUAAUACAAAAAACUGUGUGUGUUUGUGUGUGUGUGUGUGAGAGAGAGAGAGAGAGAGAGUUAAGGAAAUUAUGUUCAUCCAAAAAAAAAUAUUUGGAGAGAUAAGAGUUAACAACAUAAACAUUAACUACUUUAUUAAAAAGAAAGAAAGAACAAUAGUUUUUGUUUACUAUCUUCAGCUCUACAACGCCCCUUGGCACAAUCUUCUGGACGUUGCUGUUACAUUCAAGAAUGUUCUGCAAUUGUCUGCCACGUGUCGUCUUUUUUUCUUCUUUUAUUUUAAAGACCAAACUUAGCGUUAGUCUGUGCUCCAAAGCAUUCGAGAUUUACAAUCUUUCCAGCGAGUGUGCUUGAGUUGAGAAACACUGCAGUGAAUGGGUUUUAAGAAGAUUGUUUGUUGCUCCGUAACACUCGUUGCUUGCCUACGAAGUUUCCCGGAAACUACGUCAGAGGUCGAUACAUAUAAUGGCGUUGAGGACUGACAUCUCAAAGUUCAUCGAAUGUGACCUGGACAGGAUUUCUGUUGUUAAUCUCGGAGGGCUUCCCCGACAUAUGACAGAGGACUUCAUCAAGUUUGAUCUGGUGAUUCAGGGAUUUACAGAAGAUUUAUCUGUUACCAACGGCCGUGGACCGUGAUAUGAACCUGAAAGUGUUGUGCCUGGCUCUCAUUCUUUCUGAAGCCACCUGUCGCACUGGGUUUGAGAUUACUGUUCCCAGAGACAAAGUCACUGGAUUUUACAGUGAGGAUCUGAUCCUCCCCUGCACGUUUCCUGUGGACAGUUCAUGGGAUCUGAGAAGCACUGUUAUUACCUGGCAGCGUGGACUGGAUGUUAUUCACAGUUUCUACUACAACCAGGACCAGCUCGAGCGUCAGAAUCAACAUUAUGUCAAUCGCACCAGUCUGUUCAGUCAGGAGAUAGCACAGGGAAACGCAUCACUCAAACUGGAAAAAGUCACUCUUCAUGAUGCUGGUGUUUACACUUGCUCCGUCAGCACAAACACUGGCAGCCAGAAGAAGAGCUUUGGAGUGAAAAUUGCAGCGUUCUACUCUGAACCUCGUCUGCAGUUCUCUCUGUUAACUGAUGGAGUGAAUCUGCUAGUGACUUCAGAUGGGGGUUACCCUUCUCCUACACUGCAGUGGCUGAUGGAGAACUCCGACAUCACUAACCAGACACAAACGCACCUCAUGCAGGACACUCACACCGGACUUUAUGUUGUGUCUAGUUUGAUAAACCUCACUGAAGUCACAAACUCCUCUCUGACGUUCAUACUGCACAACAAACCCCUGGGACAGGACAUCAGGAGAGAGAUCCAGCUCUAUUCAGAUAAGAGUGAGAAGCAAGAAGAGUCAGCAAACAGAUACCAUGGGCUCUUCAUAUUGAUCUCUGUUAUUCUGCUGCUGCUGCUGAUCGUGAUGAGUGCAUUGUUUGUGUUCAUUACAAGAAGGAAAGAACAGAUCAGACUAAAUGACUUUAUAGAAGUGGAACAAGCUUCUGAAAUUCAAGUUCCUAAUGGAAAAACAACGUGUCUAUAAAGGUUAUGUUACAAAACCACUUUAAGUUAAAUAUUAUGAAACUUACGGAAGAUGUUCUCUGAUUUGCAAUACAGACAUAGCAUAUUUUUUAUAUUGAAUGAAAUAUAUUUAUAAUGUACUGUACACAUUAUUUUCUAACCUUGGCAGCUUUUAACAAAUAAUAUAGUUAAUUAGUGUUACAUGACACGGAUCCCUUACAUUGUGUAACAUUUCAGUUCAACAUUCAUCAUUGGUGUCUUAACAGACCCUAAAUAAAUUCUAAAUAGAAUUUGUCACUCAUGAUAUAUGAUCUAUGAAGCAUUGUUCUUUUUCUACAUUGCAAAAUUAAGAUUGCGAUCACUUCCAUUAGUGUUCCAUUUAAUAUUCAUGAUUGUGUUCUGUGCAAUUGGAAAACCUUUUUUUUUCACCUGCUGGCAGGAUGACAUUGCAGUGCAUUAACAGCAUGUUUGCAACACUAUUUAUUGAAUAUUAUAGUGUUUUGUUUUCAAUUGAAUAUCAGUUGGUUUUUAAAUUCAUUAAACUUUUAUUUUUUACUAUUGUAAACUACAUUGUAUUGAGAUUUUAAUUAGUAUUUAUUAUGUAAACUCACUAGUGAUAUUAGUGAUGGUAAUAUUUCAAAUGUUCUGUUCUGAAUAAUCAUACUUGGACCUGUUAUAGGUUUGUCUUAUUACACUGCAGAAAAAAGAAAUAAAAAUUUGUAAAGUA